CAAAUCACAAACUUUGUUUGCUGAUAAAUUUCGAAGCUCCCAAUUUGCAAAUACUCCAAAAUGGACUGGUACGUGGGCACAGAGUGGGAGGACAAGAAUCGUGGUCUGACCAAGAAGGUAAUUGGCCUCCAGUUCACCGAAAUGGACAAGCCCACGAUAAUCAGUACGGUGGAAUUUAGUGUCAACAAGAAAGCCGCCAACUUGGGUGGACGACCUAGCAAAUAUUUGGCCAGCGAUGAGUCCACGACGUAUCCUCAAAAGCACAGCCUGGAAAUGGGCACCAGCCUGACAGCAGUGGACUGCUACUUGGAGCUGCUGCUGCAGCAAUUUGUGCCUGGUGAAACGGCAGCCUGUAGCAUCACGACCAAAACCGGCGAACGGAUUGAAUUCGAAAUGAAGCUGGAAAAGAUUGUGAAGAACACUCAGGUGGAGAAGCUAAGCGCUGCAGAGAUUUAUGAGUUGGCACUGCGUCUCAAGCAGAGCGGCGUGGCCACCUUUAAGACGUUCCCGAAAUUCGCCUUUGAUUACUUUGUGCGUGCCGCAAAGUUGCUGAUCACCUACAAACCCUUCGACAAACUAAACAAAAAGACCAAUGGCAUCAACGGCCCGGCAGUGGAGGCGCUCUUCAUCCAGAUACAGACCAACCUGGCCGCCUGUUUGUUGCAGGAGAAACGAUACGAACAUGUAAUCUACCACACGCAGUUUGUGGAGACGGAGGAGAGCCCCAGCGAGAAGAGCAUCUACCGGCGUGCACUGGCCUACUAUCACCUGAAGGAGUUCGCCAAGGCGCAGGCCACCGUCGAGCGAAUGCCCAACUACGAGGAGAAGCGAGAGUUCAGCAAGCUGCGCGACAACAUCGCUGCCAGCUGGAAGGAUAGCAAUGCCCAUUACAAGGAGGUGGUGCAGCGUAUGUUUAGUUAGUUCCCAUUGAUAACAUCGCGAUGUCGGGCUAACCAACGGUCUUUAUAAAAUAGCUUAUGUUAAAUGUA